GUGGCCGUCCCGACUAUGCCUCCCGUCAAAGCAACUCCAGAGCGUGCGGCGGAGUUAAGAGAAGCUCUUGCAGAAAUACGGCAACGCGUUCAAGCAGCGAGCUCGCGUAACACCUCGCGGGUAGCGAACCACUCGCCCGUCCUGGUUGCUGUUUCGAAGUACAAGCCUGCGUCGGAUGUCCUCGCAGCGUAUGAAGAUGGACAGCGUGACUUCGGAGAGAAUUACGUGCAGGAGCUUAGGGAUAAAGCCCCUCAGUUGCCGCAAGACAUCCGAUGGCACUUCAUAGGCACACUACAGUCUAAUAAGGCUAAGAUAUUGGCCUCUAUUCCGAACCUCUACGCCAUCCAAACUCUCACGUCUACCAAAGCCGCCACAGCUCUGAACAAAGCGCUCCCGGAAGACCGGCCCUCGCCUCUCAACGUCCUCCUCCAGGUCAACACUUCCGGCGAGGACCAGAAGUCCGGCGUACCUCCCUUGACUUCGAACGUCGCCGAAUCCGAGGUGGACAGCUCGGAGCUCUUCCAGCUGGCCAAGCAUAUCCUCACCGAAUGUCCCCGCCUCCGGCUGCAGGGCCUCAUGACGAUCGGGUCGCUCUCGGAGUCGCUGACCAAGGAAAAGGAAAAUGAGGACUUCGCGCGCCUCGUCUCGACGCGGGAUGUUCUCGAGGGUGCCCUCGCACGCGCGGGGUUCCCGAGGGAGUCAGGGCAAUGGGGCGACGAGGGCAAUCAGCUCCUCCUAAGUAUGGGCAUGUCGAGCGACUUCGAGGCUGCGCUUGCAGCUGGGAGUAAUAUCGUUCGCGUCGGGACUGGUAUCUUCGGUGCCAGACCGAAGAAGGAAGAGGUAAAGGUACAGCACUGAGCAAUGUAAACUGAUCAAUGUAAGGUGCAUGUCGUUCCUAAAACGCGUACAUAUCAUAUAUGGUCUUGACGUUCACGC